AUGUCUUUUCGCGGUGGACGUGGUGGUCGUUUUGGCGGACGAGGAGGAGGUGGUGCUGGUGCUCCUAUGACUGAAGAAGAGCGUAAAGCUUUUUCAUAUGCGUUUCCCACGCCUACAUACCCUCCAGUUGCGGUUCCUUUACAAUCUAAGCCCACGAGGGUAGAACGACUAUGCGCUUCACAAUUUCUUCAGUUUCGAAAUCAAGUAAGAGAUGGUCCAUUUUAUAUUGGCAGCUAUGUUGGACCUCUAGUAGAUGAAUCUACUGGAAAAAGCAAAAAAAAGACAGCGGCAAUAGCUAUAGAAAUUGACGAGGGACAACAACUGAACGAUGGAAUCAAAAGAUAUACUGAUAGAUACACCAAAAAACGACGGAUAGGAACUAAGCCUGCAGUUGACGAGCAUCCUUAUGUCAUUGAGUUUUUCCCUAAAGAGUUAUACGAACCUAUGGGACACAUCACUUCAGGAUCCGGGAAAAAGAUAAAUCGAAAACUAGAUUUAUCACGAUUUACAGCUGAGCUUUUAUUAACGGAAGCUGGUGAUGAGUUAGAUGAUGAUCCUGAAGCCAGGGAGCGUAAACUUAAGGCAAAAAUAGAAGAACUUAAAGCUUCUGCUGGGUCCGGAAAUGAUAAAGAUGAUGAUAAGAGUGAUGAUAAUGAUGAACCCGAAGAAGAAUUUGAUGAUGAAUUUGAAUCGGAUGACGACGAUGAUUAUAAUGCUGAAAAAUAUUUUGAUGAUGGUGAAGGAAUGGAUGAUGAUGAUGAUGGGAAUGAUGAAGCUGCCUAUUAA